AUGGGAGACGUUGAGAUGGAGGAAAAGAUGGCGAUAAAUGACGCUACAGAGCGCAAGAAGGCAUUGCUUGUGUACAAGAAUAAACUACAGUCUGCUUCAGAUGAUGAUGAUGCCUCAGAUGAGGAGGAGGAAGAGAUAGCGUUCAGUAAGAGUGACGCAAGGGAUUUUUCAUCGCCCGCAAGGGUCGCUGGCCAUUACUUGGAUCUGACCCAAGGCCCAACGGAACUUACUGCAAUGAAAGUUACAGAGAAAGUUGACUAUGAGGAUGAAGAAGAAGGUGGUUUAAAGGUGGAGAAGGACGACGAGGAGUCAAUUAACGCUCCUUCUGAUAAUGAUCUCGAUAGUUCAAUCACUCCUAGACGUCCUGAAACUGAAGAGGAUGACGAUGAAUUCUUGAAAAGCUCGACAUUGUCUAGUAUUUCUAAUUUGAAUGAGAACAACGAUUACCCAAAGAAAACUCGAGCUCACAGCGAGACGGACUCGGCGUCUGAAGCGGCUGCGAACCUUGCACCAUCCCCCAGUCUCAGUAGCACCAGCAUCCAGAAUGUGGACAGUGCUACAACGCUAACGCUAAAGUCAUGUACAUCUAAUGUUGGCGCAAUUAUCGCUGCGAGACGUCGCACUGUUGCGCGGAAAGAGUGCGAGGUAUGUCAUGAGCCCCGCAAUGGACGGCGUGCACUGCUGUGUGUCCAAUGUAAGUGCAUGUACCACACGAGCUGCUUUCGACAGCAGUUUUCCAAAUUGAUACAAGGACUUAAUCGACAGUGGUAUUGUCCGGAAUGUGAACCUGCCGCGAAGAGCGAACCAGCCGAAAAACUAUCCUCUAGCACACCACGCAAGCAGCAGCGUGUUGAUUCUUCUACUAAGAGCCGCGCUAACCGCAAUGUGAAAUCCUCAUUUAUGACUCGAAGCAAGACGGAUUGCGAUGACAGAUCCGGGCUUGUUGGAGGUCUUACAGGUGCUGCAGCAGAGAUUGAAGUACAGCGCUUGACUGAUCUAGCAUUGCGUGGUGGCAAAAAUAUAAAUGCGACCAUACUGGAGCAAACAGGGGAGAUGUUGCACAUUUCGCAAGCUCUCAUGAACGAGAUUAGCAGCAUUAUGGACCCGGCGUGGCAUAAUGAGCCCAAUAGCGCUACCUUACAUGGGGUCAUCUACAAUGCUAACUCUGACAACAGCAGUUACGAUGUUAAGUGCGAGCAGCAGCAACAGCCAGCGCCAUCUUCUUCCCCGCCUCCUUUUAUGCUGGUCCCUGCAUCAUCGUCCACGCAUGCGUCUUCUGCAUCUUUUGCCCAGAUUGUCGCAACGAGCGACAAAAAAUCGCACGCAGAUGGCGGCAAUGGAAAUUCUGCUGCAUGGAAUGCCACGGCACCGUCAACGGUUUCUGAGAAGAACAUUUUACUGCGUCGUGUGCACAAUGGUUUGGACUCUUUGAAGCAGCUCUUAGAACAAUUACAGGUUGCUGGUAUCCAGUUUGAGAUUGAUUUUAUUAAAGAGGUAAAAGCAGCACCCAAUCAAGACCGCAAGGGGGGAGCCGAGUACCGGUGCUAG